AGAAUAGAUAUAUCAUAUAUCUCUUUCAACACAAUCACAUAUGAUCAUGAUACGUAAUCAUGCUGAAAAUGUCAAAGAGAAAUUUUUUAGAAUAUAUAAAUAUUAAUGCUAAAAAUUUUCCUACAAUAAAUGCAGUCUCAUGUUGCGCAAGCGAUAUUGCAUGUAGAUAGUAAGAUGAAAAUAAAUACAUAAUCAGGUGUUUUUUUAAAUAUAUGUUUUUUUCAGAGGGGAAAGUCGCCGUCAGAGUUAAUAAAGAUUAAGUCAAUUCUCGAGUAAGUCUCGAAAAAGUUGGAAUUUUAUUAAUUUAUCAAUACAGUAGCAGUAUGAUUCUAAAAGGGAUCAAGGUUUUGGAGUUAGCUGGACUUGCUCCAGGACCUUUUUGCGGUAUGAUUUUGGCAGAUUUUGGAGCAUCUGUCAUCAGAAUAGAUAAGAUCGGAGCUCCAGCAUUAGAUUCUUUGGGCCAUGGGAAGAGAUCAAUAGCAUUGAAUUUGAAAUCUGAAAAGGGUAUAAAUAUUUUCAAAAAAUUAAGUGAUCAAAGUGAUGUUAUUAUUGAUACAUAUAGAAAAGGUGUCAUGGAAAAAUUGAAGAUUGGACCAAAUGAUCUCAUGGCGACAAAUAAAAAAUUGAUAUAUGCUAGAUUAACUGGAUACGGUCAAGACGGUUCUUAUGCAAACAUGGCUGGUCAUGAUAUCAAUUAUUUAGGUUUAUCUGGAGUACUAUCUUUACUUGGUCGAUCUAAUGAGAAGCCUACACCACCUGUCAAUCUGGCUGCUGAUUUCGGUGGAGGUGGUUUGAUGUGUGCCCUUGGGAUAGUUCUAGCAUUAUACGAGCGAACCAAAAGCAAUGUUGGACAAAUUAUAGAUGCAUCAAUGGUAGAAGGAUCAGCAUACUUAGGUUCUUGGUUAUUCAGAUCUCAGAAGCUUGGUUUAUGGGGAAAUCCACGUGGUAGAAACAUAUUGGAUGGAGGAUCACACUUUUAUGAUACAUACGAGACAAAAGAUAAGCUUUACAUGUGUGUUGGAGCGCUUGAGCCACAGUUCUAUGAAACUUUGUUAGAGAAGCUUGGUCUAUCAAGCGAUGAUGUACCACAGUACGAGAAUUUUGAAGAAAAUCGUCAUAAACUGUCGGAAAUUUUCAAGACGAAAACUCAAGCGGAAUGGUGUACCAUAUUCGAUGGCACUGAUGCGUGCGUGACACCGUUGUUAAGUUUGGAGGAUGCUGCAUCACAUGUUCAUAAUAAAAUGAGACAGACGUUUACAGUUGCAGAGGGUGAUGUAAUUCCAAAUCCUGCUCCUCGCUUAUCUCGCACGCCUGGCAUUUCUGUAGGGACCCAUCGAAACCCAGAGCCUGGUGAAAAUACUAUAGAAAUCUUAACUGAAUUAAAAUUUCGGUCUAAUGAAAUUGACAGUCUGUUAUCGAACAAAUUUGCUUAUCAAGCGAAAUAUGAUUCUUCUAAACUUUAAGCCUAUCAGAUUUGAUAUACAUUUAAAGAAUUCUUUAAUCCAAAUAAAAUUCUUUUAUAAUCCAAAUUUUUUGCUUGGAAAAAAUUUACAUCUUGUUAUAAAAUCAGAUUACUUGCUUGAUUAUAAAAAAAUGGUGUAAUAGUGAAAUAUUUUGUUAAAUGAUGAAAGUAAAAUAAGAUUGCAAAAUUAUAGAUGUAUGAUCUUAAAGUUUUAUAUAUUAUAUAAAAGGAUACGGAAAUAUUAAGUUUUCGUUUCGAACAUUUUAUGUACAUGUUAUCCUAGUUUUAAGUAUUAUAAAGCCGAUUAGAAUAAAAAGGGAGUAUAUGUCAAAAAUAUGGUAGAGGUACAAAAAAAUUGUUAUAUUAUUUUCAUAUUCUAUUUUUUAUAUAACUAUGCUGAGUAUAAACUGUAUAAACUGUAUAAGCUAAGUACAAGAAAUAUAAAUAUUCCAAUUAUGGAAUCAGCGAAU